UUUAUAUAUUUACAGAAGAGAAUGUUAACAUGUUUACUCUCUCCGGUAUCUCAAACCUUGAGGAGAACCUGUACGCAAUCCACCAGAAAUAUAUCGUUAACUUUCAACCUUGCUCAGCUGGAGAAGCCAUCAGAGCAACAAAAGGAAACUGAACCCGAGGAGAAGAAUUCUCUAUCUCGGCGUGAUUAUAGAUAUAUUUUCCCGGAGUUUCUCCCUGAUCCUAAACCUGAAUGGAGGAAUCAUAUUAGAGAGAAGUUGGAGCGACGAGAUAUGCUUAAUAGAAGAGAGCAGAUAGAAAUACCAGAAUUUUAUGUCGGGAGUAAUCUUGCAGUAACUGUUGCCGAUGAGAAUAGUCCACAUCCAAACAAAUUAUCUCGGUUUGUUGGAAUCUGUAUUGACCGUGGUGGAUGCGGACUCCGAGCCUGGUUUAUACUCCGCAAUGUUGUUGAAGGUCAAGGUGUUGAGUUUAUGUAUCAGAUGUAUAAUCCAACCCUCGUCAAGAUAGAGGUUUUAAGACUAGAACGGAGAUUAGACGAAGAACUUUAUUAUCUAAGGGAUGCCCCUCCUGAGUAUAGUACUGUACCCUUUAAUCUGGAACCAGAGAUUCUACCUGACGGGGCACCAGUGCCAGUUAAUAAUAUAGUUGUUCCGCUAAAUGAUCGACCUUGGGGUCAGAAAUGGGAAAGAUACACUGAGAUAAUGAAAGGAUAUAGUCUACAAAAUCCUUAUCCUACUCCCGGCAAGGUUCGGAGACAAAUGAGAUGGAUGGCUGAAGGGAACCAAGGUUGGAAUAUGCAGACCUUGAAGUAUGAUAUGAUGAGGGAGUAUAGGAAUACAGUCCCAGUAGAACAACAGGAUGUUAUCUGGGAAGAGGUUGGAGAUAAAUUGGAGGUCCGAGAUAAACAAAUGAGAAGAGUUGCAGCUAAAAGAGCGUUUAUCCGUCCCUCUAAGAAAAUGUAAAAUAUUUCAGAAA